GGUAAAGAAACCACUGCCUAGGUGGCACGGUAUGGCUGAAGGCUGAGGAGGGGUCACCAGGACAGGAAGACAGGAAGGAGGCAGGGAGGGCCAGGAGGGGUGGCUUCUCAGUGGCUGUCACUCAAAGAUGUGCCAAGUCCCACCCCCUGGAGGUGGGGCCAAGGCUAAGCCCGCCAGCAUCAGCUGCUCUGUCCCUCCCAGAACCCAGGCUGGGGUAGGGCAGGACAGGAGAGCCUGGCCCUGCUGUCCAGUGGAGGCACUUACUGACCGGAUACCAGACAUUGUCUGAAGCCCUGCAAGGCUAGUGGCUGCGGCCCUGACACUCAGGAAAGCCCAGGCUGACAAGGGACACCUGUCCACAGCCAUGCAUGCCAGCUGUCACUCCAGGCCCAUCUCAUCUCAAGGCCCACGAUGACACCCAACAGCACCGGGGAGGUGUCCAGCCCCAUUCCUGCGGGGGCCCUGGGGCUCUCCCUGGCCCUGGCAAGUCUCAUUGUUGCUGCCAACCUGCUCCUGGCCCUGGGCAUCGCCUGCAACCGCCACCUGCGCAGCCCACCCGCUGGCUGCUGCUUCCUGAGCCUGCUGCUAGCCGGAGUGCUCACAGGGCUGGCACUGCCCAUCUUGCCAGGGUUGUGGAACCGGAGCCACCAGGGCUACUGGUCCUGCCUCCUACUCUUCUUGACUCCCAACUUCACCUUUCUCUCUCUGCUCGCUAACCUGCUGCUGGUGCACGGGGAGCGCUACAUGGCAGUACUGCAGCCACUCCGGCCCCAUGGGAGCACUCGGAUGGCCCUCCUCUUCACCUGGGCAGCCUCCCUGCUCUUUGCCAGCCUUCCUGCACUUGGUUGGAACCACUGGAGUCCUGGUGCCAACUGCAGCUCCCGGACUGUCUUCCCGGCCCCCUACCUCUACCUCGAAGUCUACGGGCUCCUGCUACCUGCUGUGGGGGCUGCUGCCCUGCUCUCCAUCCGAGUGCUGGCCACUGCCCACCGCCAGCUGCAGGACAUCCGCCGGCUUGAGCGGGCAGUGUGCCGCAAUGCACCCUCUGCCUUGGCCCGGGCCCUCACCUGGAGGCAGGCCAGGGCUCAGGCUGGGGCCACACUGCUCUUCGGACUCUGCUGGGGGCCCUACGUGGCCACCUUACUCCUGUCAGUCCAAGCCUAUGAGAGACGCCCACCCCUGGGGCCUGGAACUAUGUUGUCCUUCAUCUCACUGGGCAGUGCCAGUGCAGCGGUCGUGCCAGUGGCCAUGGGUCUAGGUGACCAGCGCUACACAGCCCCCUGGAGGGCGGCCGCCCAAAGGUGGCUGCAAGUGCUACGGAGAAGAGCCUCAAGGGACAGUCCUGGCCCCAGCAUUGCCUACCAUACCAGCAGCCAAAGCAGCGUUAACCUGGACUUGAACUAGCAGAGGGGCUGCUGCUGACUCCUACAAGCAUCAGUCCAUCUCAGCCACCAAAUGCCUUUCACCUGUCCUCGAGAUGCCUCCUCAAUGGACCCACCCAGGUGGAAUAAAACUUCCAAGUUAUCUCUGUAUUUCAGAAAGGGGAGCAGGUGGAAGAGGCCCAUAGAGAACCUAAAGAUGGACUUGUGCAGCGAGGGAGAUUCCACCUCCAAACAAGCAAGCAACUGUCAGUGAAAACAAACUACUCAAAGAUGGCGCACACGAACCCUCCCUG